GGGUAUCGUUAUCGUGAUAUCGUUCGUGGCGCAUGUGCGACUGUCUGUCAAAGUUAUCAUACGUCUUAUCAUAUUUUACGAUACGCGUUACGAUUAGCAAUUAGCAUGCUUCGCAGUCAGAUACGCGGAGAGAGUAAUUAAUUUCCAUCAAUUGUGACAGUCUAGAGAAGGACGGUUGUGUAUCUAAGGUUGUUUAACGUACUUUCUGUAAAUGGUACACGUAUAAGUCAAGUCACACGGGAAAAGAAACGCAGGUAGACGGAGUCAAAGCGAGAAACGACAGCGUCGAGCAACGAUGAAGCAACAGAUAGUUGACUCCAAAGCGAAUCCGGGUGCGACCGGGGAAGCUGACGACUGUCUCUUCGAAUACCUGCACGCCGAGCUGGUCAAUUACGUUCUGAGCAGGUCGUCUAACGCUGCAGAAGGCGAGGAGGAACUCUCGCGUUUAGAAUGGAUGGGGUUCAGCGUCGGGUACAGAAUCAUCGAACGGCUGACGAGGGAGUGGAGCAGGUUCAAGGACGAGCUGGACAUGAUCAAGUUCAUCUGCACGGACUUCUGGUCCAGCCUGUAUCACAAGCAGAUCGACAAUCUCAGAACUAAUCAUCACGGGGUGUACGUGUUGCAAGACAACGCCUUUAGGCUGCUGGACAAAGUCGGUACGAGCAACAGCAAGCAGUACCUCAAGGAGAGCCCACGCCUGCUGGCUUUCACUUGCGGCCUCCUCCGAGGUAGUCUAGCGAACCUUGGUAUUAUUAGCACCGUUACCGCGGAAACUACCACGUUACCGAGCUGCAAGUUUCACGUUCAAGUUCAAAAGAUUUAAUAGCCAUUCGUGGAGCGACUUGGGAAAUAAGAAGAUACACAAGUGUAAAAAGGUACAUAUAUUGCAAAAUCUCAUAUGAGAUGCAAGGAAAUAUAAUAGAUAUUCAUCGUACGUCGUAUACUAUUUUUAUUGUAUUUAGUGGAAAGAAAAUAAAUUAUUAGUAUUCCCGGAGAUGAAAUAGUUCUGAUAUUCGUCUCGUGCAAUGUAUAUCUAUAUUUGUAAAUUAUGAACCGAUUCCAGAAUAUAUUCGAAAUAAGGUA